CAGGAAAAAAGGUGGUCCCACUCCGAAAACACUGUUUCCAAGCGGGCAAUCUCAACUUCAUACUUUUCUAACAGUAUUGCUUCUUCUCUGAAGAGAUACAAGUUAUUUUUGGACUCGGCAUGUUCAUGUUAGCAAACACUGGGGGUAUUCUAUCUUUCCAGUCGGAUUAAAGUUUGAGAAAUCUGCGGUAAAAUGGAGAGAAGAGCUGAAACUGAGGUGAAGAGGCUAGCGCUGGGAAUCUCGUCUUCUAACUCGCUCCAUCGACUGUAACAAAAUCUCUCUUAAGUUACGUCAGUGAUUGCUGGGAAAGCAGAUUCAGCUGACAUCUCACAAGCACACAUGAUUAACAGCACUCUUAAAUUUCAUAACACCUGAAUUUAGGACGUUUCUGGGGUGUCAAUUGGAGAUAUCUCUGAGAGUGGGACCGGAAGCUUCCCUUUGUGGCAUUUGCCGGUGUGGCACUGCACUGUUUACCAAUUGGAUGUUGCCUGGGAGAUGAGAAUGUGCUGCUGGCACCAAGAAGGAAGGAUUUUGAUGUGAUGGGGUGCAGGAAGAGCAAAGUCCUUCCAGAGCCACCCACUGAUGUCCAGCUAGAUCUGGUCAAAAAGGUAGAGCCUCAACACACUGAUGUGUAUAAAAACUUUAUAAAAAGUGAAGGUGGCGGGGAGAAAACAGGCUCACCAUCCCCUCAGGGUCAAAGCCAGGCUGCUUCAAAGGUGAGUCAGUCCCCACCACCAGCUAACAACCAGCCGGAGCCCGCUGAUCCACACCGGAAAAAAGUAGCCAAAUACAGGGCCAAGUUUGAACCUCGAGUGACUGCUAAGUAUGACAUCAAAGCUUUGAUAGGUCGGGGCAGCUUCAGUCGGGUCGUAAGAGUGGAGCACAGGAGCACACGGCAGCCGUAUGCCAUCAAGAUGAUCGAGACACGCUACCGUGAGGGCAGAGAAGUAUGUGAAUCUGAACUUUGCGUUCUGCGACGUGUGCGCCACACCAACAUCAUCCAGCUGAUGGAGGUGUUUGAAACGGCAGAGCGGGUCUACAUGGUGAUGGAGUUGGCCACUGGCGGAGAAUUGUUUGAUCGCAUCAUUGCUCGAGGGUCUUUCACAGAAAGGGAUGCCACACGGGUGCUGCAAAUGGUUCUUGAUGGGGUGAAGUACCUCCACACAUUGGGCAUCACGCACAGGGACCUGAAACCUGAAAACCUGCUUUACUAUCAUCCGGGUGCUGAUUCCAAGAUCAUGAUCACAGACUUUGGCUUGGCCAGCACAAGGAAGAAAGGUGAUGAAUGCCUGAUGAAGACUACCUGUGGAACACCUGAGUACAUUGCACCUGAGAUUCUCGUUCGGAAGCCAUACACUAAUGCAGUAGACAUGUGGGCACUGGGAGUCAUCUCUUACAUAUUGCUCAGUGGUACCAUGCCUUUUGAGGAUGACAAUCGCAUGCGCCUUUACCGACAGAUCCUCAAAGGGAAGUACAGCUUCUUGGGGGAGCCAUGGCCAAGUGUGUCCAACCUUGCUAAAGACUUCAUCGACCGUGUCCUCACGGUGGAUCCUAGUGAACGUCUCACUGCGGGUCAGGCACUUAAACACCCUUGGAUUGUCAGCAUGGCUGCUUCUUCCUCCAUGAAGAACCUGCAGCGGUCCAUUUCCCAGAACCUCCUGAAGAGAGCGUCAUCACGUUGCCACAGCACCAAAUCAGCCCAGUCCACUCGCUCCAGUCGCUCCACAAAGUCGAGCAAGGCACGUCGUGUUCGCGAGAAAGAGCUGAGAGAACUCAAUCGCCGUUACCAGCAACAAUGUAAUGGUUGAGGGCAACUGCAAGCCAUGCAAUGACAAACCAGACUACAUGUGCCCUACAAGUCCAGAUGAGAACAUUGGAGAGAGCAGAACAAUAUUGUGCCUUGACUCAGAUGUCAACUUCCUACGCCAUCAAGUCUGAGCCAAUUAGCAGAAAACCUCCUAAAAUUUUAUCAAUUUUCUAUUUUUCUGCUGUUUCUCUCUUGUAUUACCUUUUAUGUGAGUGUUUUAUUUAUUUAUUGUUGGUUGUAUGUUCAUUAUUACGUUGUCUCAUUGCCUUUUACCUGAUUGUAUCUGUUGAACAGGAUUUUACAAAGUUGCUGGAAGGACUUAUCUUGUUGGCUGUUCUUCCUGAUUUUGCUGGGAAUUAUCCGUUACAGUACCCACAUAGUUGAUUGCUCUUCUAAAGGGGAAAUGUGCUGUUUAUUCAUUAUUAGCAACAAAUCAAAUAGCCUAGUGAUAAUUAAAUGUGCCUUAACAUCAUUUUUUAACACAAGGAAAGGUAAGAAUCAUACUGUUGGUAACAGACAUUAUUCACAGCAGUGUCAUCUUUGAUUUUUGACGGGAAUGACAACGACGCUGUGAGGGAUAGACGUACUGUCUCUUCAAUGGGCUGUAUUGAAGUUUAAAGUGUUUUUGGAUCAUUCCGUGGACAAAACAUUGAACAAAAAAAUAUUUCCAAGAACACUUAAAAAUUUCCAGACAACAUAAGUUGUGGAAAAUCAGAUGUGAUCAAGGAGCUUUUUACAGCUUUAUACCGUUCGUGACAUCAAAGAGGUGGUAAGUCUAUCAUUUACAGCCUCGUUGUCAUUCCAUUAAACUUCAAAGAUGCCGCUAGCGUGAAUAAGGAUGAUUGCUUUGAAGUAAGUAACCACACAGACCACAUUUAUAAUGAUACACACAUGGCAAUCUGGAUAUCAGGACUAUGAACCUGGAUGGCUAAUUCAAGAAUAUCAUUGUGAGCUCUAAGUUCUACUUUGUCCAAUAAGUUUAGUGUUUAGCUAUAGGGGCUUCAACUAUUGCAUCCAGUCUCUAACUAGCUUUAGCUGCAACCCUGGUAUGGAUGCUGAUGUUAAUUAUAUCAACUGUUCAUAUCUAUCGGAAAAUAUGCAAAUAGACAAAAACUGUAGUGAAAUAGUUGACUUUAAAGGGAUAUUUCUCCCCAAAAUUAAUCAUUAUUCACUCAGCGUCAUGUUGUUGUUCCAAACCCACAUGACUUAUUCUUCUGUGGAACACAACAGUUAGACAAAAUGUUAGUCUCAGUCACCAUUUCCUUUAAUUGCAUCUUUUCAUUUUAUUUUAUUCUUUUCAUACAAAGAAGGUGCAUGGUUCCAUCAUUCUGUUAAUUUGUUGUGUUCCAUGGAAGAAACAAAGUCAUAUGGGUUUGGAACAACAUGAAGGUGAGUAAAUUAUGACAUAAUUUUCAUUUUUUCAUCUCAUCAAGUUUGUUAGAAAAAUGAUGGCAGUUGUGCUCUUUGAAGGAUGAUUCUUGGCUAAUACUGUUGGAUUUGUCGUGACAUACAUUCUAGUAAUUAAUCAUACUAACCGAUAUUGAUCACUCUCAGAGUGGUUGAAAGUUGGAAGCCCUAUCGUUAAAUCCUACUUUUGGUUACUUUCUCUGUCCCCAGCUGUUGCUCCUUGAGCAAGGCACUGAACCACCAUGUAGGCCUUUUGGCAGCCUUUUCACUCUUAGCCCGCUUUGUCAGAAAAGAGAAAAUAUGCCAAAGAAAUUCUCACAAGGAACUUUUGAGAUCGGACUUGUGAUUCCUUGUAAAAAAGAAUUACUGUUAAAACUGUGAUGAUAUGAAGCCUUCUUAAAUUAAAUGUUUUUAAAUAUGUUCUUUAUGUCAUUUUAUAAAAUCCUAUAUAAAAAAUGAAAGGAAAAAUCAUUCUGUGUAUUUGCAUUGUGUCCUGUUUCACAGUUAUCCUUGAAUAUGUUUUAAAAUUGAUGCAAAAUUUUUAAAGAUUCUUUGGGAAAAAAUGGCACUAUUACAUUGGUUUUGGAUACUUUAUUUCAAUGACAGUAUUUGACAAAAGAAAUACUUUUAUUUUUGCUUUCUUCCAAAUUGUCACACUUCUAAGCUUGUCUAAUAGUCUCAAAUAUAUAUUUUUCUCCAUUUGCUUAGAUUUAUUAGUUAAAUUUAACACGCUCGGUGUCAAAGUCUAAAGCUAAUUAAAAAUGACUAGAGAUUUUCUGGGUUCAAUACAAGUUAAGUUCAAUCGUCAGCAUUUGUGCCAUAAUGUUGAAUACAACAAAAAGUAAUUUAGACUCGUCCCUCUUCUUUAAAAAAAAAAAAAAAAAAUCUGGGUUACAGUGAUGCACUUACAAUGUAAGUAAAUGUGGCGUACAUUUUUGGGGGGGUUAAAAGCAGAAAUGUGAAGCUUAUAAUUUUAUAAAAGCACUUACAUUCAUUUUUCUGUUAAAACUUGUGUAUUAUUUGAGCUUUAAAGUGUUUUAGGGUUUAGGGCAUUGCAUUGUCAUGGCAACAAAGGUAUAAAAUUAGAUAAACUUUACACAAAAGAUUAGUAAUCAAUUUUAUCACCCUAAAAUCAUGUUAACAUGCAUAUUAUUUACAUUUUUUGGCUAUACUUUUUAAAAAGUAAUUAUUUAAUGUUUACAGAUUGGCCCCAUUCACUUCCAUUGUAAAUGCCUCAAUGUUAUCGAGCAUUUUUGCUUUGUCUAAAGCAAAGAUAAGAGGGACAAGUUGAAAUUAUUUUUGUGGUAAUAAACAUCAACCACAAAUGGUGUCGAUUGAGUUUAAUUUCAAUUUCAACUGAACCCAGAAUAUUGCUUUAACAUUUCAGAAAAUGUUGCUUAAGGGGUCAUUUGAAAGUGGCAAGUCAGCCAUACAGUAUUUUUUAUUUUAUUUUUUAUUUUAAUUAAAUAGAAUCCACUAAAAAGAUUUUAUAAAUCUCAAAAAUGACAACAACAAAAAAGAAGAAAAACUUUAUUCCAUAAUUAAAUGUUUUGGAAGGGCUUCUUUAUCCCAAAUAGUUUUUCUCAAGAAAAGAGCUAUUUUGUAUGUGCAUUUUAUAAUUUUAAUUUAUCUGAUAUGCUAGUAAGUAAAAUUGAGACUAGUAGUGCUCGGAAAAGUGCAAAAAAUAUUUUUAUUAAGUGGAUCAACAACAUGCAUGUAAAAAUUGUGUGUUUGUAGCCAUUAAACUAAUACUGCAACUGUUGCCUCUUGAAUGGAAAUGUUUUGUAUGUUUGUUUGUUUUUUCUUCUUUUUUAAUGAAGAAUAAUGAUAUUUUUCCACAUUAUUCAAAAAAGUGAAAUCAAUAAUAUUUUAUAAAAUUAUGCAAUUAAAGAAUCUAAGAAACAAAUUUCUUGCCAUGCCCA